AUAUAAAGAGCGGGAGGCCUUCCUACAGGAAAGGACUAUGGUAUUCCUCACGGGAUUAACAUCAGAGUUCGCUCAGCGAAUUGCAUUGUUGCUCAUUCAUCCGAAGAUUUCCACGCUUGAGGAGGCUGUCUCUGUUAUGAUCCAGGAGGAGACUCGUAUUAGGCUGCAGGCGGGGACAGGUGGACUUCCUGUGGUGAAGUCAGCACUGGCAGUCUCUAGCAACACUAGAUCUAGGGAAGAGACUCGACAGUGUUACAACUGCGGUGCGGUGGGUCAUCUAAGGCAUGCUUGCACCAAGCCACCCAAGAAAGGAGAUUCGGGUGGACGUGGACAGUUCGGAGGUCGUGGUCGUGGCCGUAGGGGUCGACGAGGUGGAAGAGGAGCAGGGAACCGGGCGAAUCUGAUGAUAGCAGAGGAAGAAGAAGUUGAGGUGGUCUUUACUGAGAAGGAUCGUGCUCUCCUGGCGAUACUCGGGAGGAAGCAGCAAGUAACAGGGGAUGAAGACUUAGAAGUGGAACGAGGAGGCAUCCACUUCGUUUUUCACCAGAGGCAACACUGCUACCUAUGCUCAUCCGACCAAAGGAGAAGGGGACAGGGCGGAGACUUGGGACUGGCACAUGGCGUAGUGGACUGUGGUAUCUGGAUCGUGAAGGGCUGGAUUCAGCAUUGGUGUCAGUCGUAGAGGAAGCAGGAGUAGGAUCUAAAAUGAGUGCUGAGUGUGAGUUAAUGCUUCAUCACCAACGUUUGGGACACUCAUCCUUUAGUGUUUUAGGUAGAUUGUAUCCUUCCUUAUUUGAAAAAGCAAAUAAACAAGAACUUGUGUGUGAUGCAUGUGAGUUU